AUGUCUAAGCAUUUAUUAAAUACAAGCCUGAAUCUGUAUGAGGAUAUAGAAAAUCCUCAGAAAUCUUUUACGCCUAACAAAUUUUAUAUGAAUUUGCAUAUACAAGGACCAAUAUAUAAUACUAAACUGUACUCUGAUAGGGUAAAUAAUACAGGAGUUAGGCCUUACUAAUUAGAGAAUAAACUGAUUGAUGAUGAAACAAAUUAAAAAACUAUUGAUCAAUAUAAGCAAAAACUUAGAUCUAUUCAAAAUUCAAGUCAUAAUAGUUAGCUAGAUGAUUUUAGGAAAAACUCUUUUAGUUAUUAAGAUGCGUUUUUGAGAUAUUAAGAUGACCAAGAAUAAUCUAGCAUUAAUUCACCUUAAAUAUAAAAGUAAGUGAACAAAUAAAAAAACUUGGCUGAAACUUUAUUAGAAGUAACGGAUACUAAACUACCACCAGGACUAACUAAAAGGACAAUUAGAGAUUAUAAAAAAAAAAAUAAAAAAGAAAAUUUUUAAGUGACUAAUGAAAAAGUUUAUGAAGCGUAUAAACACCAUUCUUAGCUUUUUUAACAGCAAAAAAACUUUUAAUAAAUUGAAAAUGGCAGAUUACAAUCUUCUUCUAAGGAUGUUAUGACCAUAGAAAGGAGAAGGACUGUUUCAGUUAAAUAAAGACCCUCAACAGAUUAAAGAAAUUCAGUUGAAUAUUAUAGUAACUCAAAUAAAAUCAUAAAUCGAAAUUAAUAUACAAGUUAACAUGUAAGAUUAAAACCACUUUAAACAGUAAACUUGAAUAUAUCUUUUAAUGGUAACCAUGCUGCAGUUGCUAAAGAAACUCAAAAAGAAGAGAGCACAUUUAAUUAGAAUAAACUUUUUUUAACUGCUCCAUAAAAGCAAAAAAAGAUAAAAUUAUUGCCUUUAACUAAGAUAUUUUUCCUGAACAGAAUUAACAAAUUUAGUGAAAUAAAAAAUAAUUUCAUAAAUUUUGACUUAUCUCCUUUUAUAUUUUCUAAUUUUAAGAAAGAAAUACAACCUUCAAUAGACUUAGAAGUUUUAGAAAAAGCAUAUCCCUAUAUUUAGAAAAUAUUAAAUCUGAAAUUUGUAGACGAGUUUUAUAGUAUACUUUCUAAAAAUCCUGAAAAAAAACGUGAUUUUGAGGAGAUGAAACUAGGUUUUUAGAAAAAAGAUAUUUUAAAAAUAUUUAAUGACUUUGAAACUGAAUACAUUAGUGAAAAAAAGUUAUUUGAGAGAGUUAUAUACUAUUUUAUCCCAAGCACAAAGUAUAGACAGCAAAUAGUAAUUGACUUAAUUGGCUAAAUAAAUAAUAUAGGAGAUAAUUCAUUAAAAAACUAUGAAAAUAUUGAAUGCAUUUUUGAUGUUAAUGGAAGGGAAGUUACUGAUAUACUUUAGCUGCACUUUUAAACUAUGAUUCUGCUAGGUGGAGAAAAAGAAACGAUGAAAAAAAACUAAUUUUUACGUGACUUAGAGAAUUUUAUUGAGGUUCAGUAAAAUCAGUAGUUCAGAGAUACUUUAAAAAAUAAAGCUUAAAUAAAUUUUGAUACCGUUCAUUAAGUUUCAUAAAGUCCAUACGAUUCACCUAAAAAAAAUAGAAAUAAUUCAACUAAUAUUAGAGGGUUGGCUUAAACUAGCAAUGUUAAUGAAUAAAUUCAUAAAUUUUAUGGCUAAAAAAGUUAAUCUCUUUAUCAAGAAAACACAAUAAAUCAACACUCGUUUAGCUAAAAUCCAUCUUCCCCAACUAAUUUUAGGGGAGAAUCAAGAAAUCAUUUUAAUGAAAAAGAAAGUAGUAUUUUAGGAAAAAAUUCAUCAAACUACAAACUUAAUUCAAUUUUAUAAGAAGGAAGUGUAGAUUAUUAUGGAAAUAAAUAGAUAAACACAGGAAUAGUAAACUAUUUAAAGAGGAAAAAUAAAUAAAAUAUUGAGUACAGUAAAAUGAAAACAAAAGAACUUGUUAGAAUUAGAAAUAUUUAUCCUUAGCUAACUAACAAAGAUAUUUUUAGAUAUUACUCUGAGUUUUAGUCAUUAAUAAAUUUAAAUGAAGGAUUAGAAAAUGCUCAAAAUUACUAAGACAAAAUUUCAAAAGGAUCAGAUCUAAUUUAUGCUAUGAAUUUUUUUACUUUUUGUACAAGUUUUAAAAGUGGUACACAUACUCCUAUAAUUAAUAGUAUCCUCAGAGCAAUAGGAAUUGACGUCGAAGUGGCUGAUAGAAAUAAUAUAAAGCUAUCAUGGGAUAAAUUUUUGAAUUUGAGAGUUUUGAUGGAGUAAAAAGGCGAAAAAGAGCACAUUGUAGAUUUCUUGUAAAGGCUAUUUGACCCUAAAAGAAUUGGUAUCAUUACAAAGUAAGAGUUUUUAGAGAUAUUACAAACUUCUGAAAAGCUUGUAAAUGAAAGUGGAGAAGAAGCUAAAUGGUAUGCUCACUAAAUGUGGAGCUAUUUUAAUAAGAAUAAUUUUAUGAAUGAAUAUGUGGAAUUAAGGUUAGAUUACAUUUAAUAAAAAUAUGAUGAACACAAGUAUAGUUAUUAAUUUUUCUUGAGUUGGAUAUUAAAUAAUUUUGAUGAGUCUUUACAAUUAGAAUUAGAUAACUGUUGA